AGUUAUUACUGAGAAAUGAUUUAAUUUUAAAGUUGUGAAAUGGCAAGCCAGAUCGAUAACUUGAUUAGCGUAUGUAGCUUUCAUCCGGAAGAGGAAUUGGAUCACUACUGUAAAACAUGUGAUAGGGCCCUGUGUGAAGACUGUAUAAAACAAGACCACCGUGAUCAUGACUGGUGUAAACUGAAAAAGGUUGCCCAGAACAUUCGACGUUUGGCAAGUGAUAAAAUUACCGAAAUAAUCAAUCAAGAAAUUCCCAAAAUAGAGUCCAACUUCAAAGCGAUAGCUGAGGUAAAGGCACGGAAUAAAGAAACUAAAACCGACAAAACGAGCAGAAUUAAACAUCGCGAGAAGGAAUUAGUUUCUGCCGUCAAGGUCAUCUCUGACAGCUUAAUUAAGGAACUUUCAGACAGCGAUUCCGGCAAAGGUGAGCUUUCUGUCGAAUCAGAAGAGGACAAGAAUAUCACGAGUUUACAAAGUUUAGUUGCGUACUUUAAGGAAAAUAAAGAUUUAGCAGAUGACUCCAUUGUUGUUAAAUUGCAUGAGAAAAUCCGAAAUCGGUUAAGCAGUAUUGAAGUGCGCGAUCCACAAAUAGCAGAGGAUCACGUGGAAUUUGAUGAAGGCCAAGUCGACGUCCAUUCCCUAGAACGGAUGUUUGGGCGUGUCGUUAGGGAGAAAUUGCAUUCCCGACUUUUGGGAGAGGAAAUCGAAGGAAGAACCCUUACAAAACUUUUUAAUUUUCAGGUGACUUCCAAUCCAAUUAUUUCUCUGUCCGAAAAAUCGCUUGAAGAAACGUGGGUCUACGGACGAAAUGGAAGGGAAAUCAAAUUAUGUAACACAGAUGGCGGCGUUGCCCGGAAGUAUGAACUGGGUAAUAUAGCCAUCAGGGACUUCGUUCGGCUUGACAACGGGGACUUAAUAAUAGCGGAUAGCAUAAACAGGGUGUUAAGUCGCUGGUCCAUUAAAGAUGGCGAAAUUAAGACUUUAACGAAUUUGUCACCAUUUGAGCCCCUAGGGGUGGCUCUUUCACUGAAAAAGGAGCUGCUAGUUGGAAUGAAAGAUCGAUUUAAUACACGUCGGAUUGUCCAGAAAAUGGCAAUCAAUGGACGCGUUUUACACUCCUAUGAAUACGAGGAGGGACAUCGAGAGUGGAUCAAAUAUUACUUGUUCAACUCUCCAGACAGGGUCGCUGAGAAUUUCAACAGAGAUAUCUGUGUAGUUGAUACGAUGAGUAGGAAUACUGGCCGUCUGCUGAUUAUUACGGAGGCGGGGAAACUCCGCGUCAUCUACGAAGGUCAAAAUCUGGGUAGAAUGUUCAAGCCUUCUGAUGUCUGUUGCGCAAAAAAUAGUGAAAUUAUAAUUAGCGACCCGCGGAACAACGCAGUCCACGUCCUCGACAAAGAUGGGUCAUUUCAGAGGUUUCUGUUGACCGAUUGUCCCAUGCCGUCUGCAUUAAAACUUGCCAACAACAGACUCUUGAUGGGGUCCGAAAACGGAAGCGUGCAUAUUUAUGAAUAUGAAGAAAGUUGUCAAUCAAAUGAUAAAUAAAUGUUUAAGUGUAUAGAGAAAUACGAAUGACCUCGUAACGUAUCUACUGGUAAACUUCAAGCAAGUGCAUAAUAUAGAAUACAUUAUCAUACAAUGUUUUUAUACAUACAUGUAGUAUAGAUAAAUAAAAGGGAUCUUC